UAUAAAAUUUUAAAUAUAUGUAGCUCUCUCAAUCUUCACAUUUAAAACAUUCAUGUUAGGUUUCAUGUCAAUGUAUAUCUGCCACCAUAACAAAGGAUAGUGAUAGUAAAAUAUAAGUGAGCAAGAAACAACACAAUGGCAAAUUCAAGAUUCCAUAACUACUUGUUGGUUUUGUGGGCAAGCCUUCUUCUUCACCCAAGCAGCCAAUCUCAACCUAAUUUACACUCUCAUAGGAACCAUGUUGCCUUAUUUAUUUUUGGGGAUUCACUAUUUGAUGUUGGCAACAAUAACUACCUCAAAAGCCCAAUUGGCUCGGCCAAUUUCUGGCCAUAUGGCGAGACAUUCUUUAAGCAUCCUACUGGCAGGGUUUCUGAUGGUCGACUAAUCAUUGAUUUUAUUGCUGAAUAUUUAAAGUUGCCAUUAAUUUUUCCAUAUCUCCAGCCCGGAAAUCAUCAAUUUACAGAUGGGGUGAACUUUGCUUCAGGUGGGGCUGGUGCUUUAGUCGAAACCCAUCAGGGAGAUGAAGGAAGAGUGAUAGACCUUAAAAAACAAGUUAGUUACUUGAAGAAUGUGAAGCACCAGAUAAAGAAGCAAAUAGGUGGUGAAGAAACUAAGACAUUGUUGUCCAAAGCAAUUUACAUAAUUAGCAUUGGAGGCAACGAUUAUGCAGCACCUUCUAUCGAGUUUGAAUCCUUCCCUAAGGAAGAUUAUGUGGAGAUGGUCAUCGGCAACCUGACCUCUGUGAUCAAAGAUAUUUAUAAAAUUGGUGGAAGGAAAUUUGUGUUUGUAGGUGUGGGAUCAUUUGAUUGUGCACCAAUCAUGAGAUCACUUGAAGAACACAGAGGCAGUUGCAACAAAGAAAUUAAAGCUAUGAUAGAGCUACAUAAUUUAAAGCUUUCUAAUACACUUAAAGAGAUUCAGGGUCGCCUCAAGGAGUUUCAUUAUGUGUUUUUUGAUUUCUAUACAACUUUAAGUGAAAGAAUAAGUAACCCUUCAAAAUUUGGUUUCAAGGAGGCCAAAGUGGCAUGUUGUGGAGCUGGUCCAUACAGAGGAGAUUCAAACUGUGGAUUAGCAAAAGGUUUUGAAGUAUGUCAUGAUGUGAGUGAAUAUAUCUUCUUUGAUUCUAUUCAUCCUACUGAGAAGGUAUAUAAGCAACUUGCUAAUUUAAUAUGGAAUGGAAGUCAUAAUGUGAGUAGGCCCUGUAAUCUUAAGGAAAUGCUUGAGGCAUAGCUCAGGCUAGCUUUUCUAUUAACCAAUGGAUAGUCAAGGAGAAGGCCAAGUGCUAUUGAUUAUAAAUAUUAUGAUACUAAAGAACAAAAUGCAUUA